AUGUGUGAUCUCAAAAAGACCCUCAGUGCUGGGGGUCACUGUGUCCUGGAGAUGCCUUCGGGUACAGGAAAGACAGUAUCUCUACUAUCGCUGAUCGUUGCGUAUCAGCAACAUUAUCCGGAGCACCGAAAACUCAUCUAUUGUUCUCGAACCAUGUCCGAAAUCGAAAAGGCCUUGGCUGAGCUUAAGGCGCUAAUGAAAUUCCGUGCCGAACAACUUGGAUAUACCGAGGACUUCCGUGCCCUAGGUCUAACGAGCCGAAAGAACUUGUGUCUGCACCCGUCGGUUAAAAAAGAGAAAAGCGGUACGGUCGUUGAUGCAAGGUGCAGAAGCUUGACGGCAGGAUUCGUCAAAGAAAAGAAGGAAAGAGGCGAGGAUGUUGAUCUCUGCACAUACCAUGAGAACCUUGAUCUCCUCGAACCUCACAACCUUGUUCCUCCUGGCGUUUUCACUCUUGAUGGGCUAUUGAAAUAUGGGGAGGAACACAAACAAUGUCCUUACUUUUCAGCACGGCGCAUGAUGCCGUUCUGCAACAUCAUCAUCUAUUCUUAUCACUACCUCCUCGACCCGAAGAUCGCAGAAAGAGUAUCGCGGGAGCUCUCGAAAGAUUGCAUAGUGGUCUUUGAUGAAGCGCAUAACAUCGACAACGUCUGCAUUGAGUCCCUCAGUAUUGAUUUGACUGAAGAUUCACUUCGCAAAGCCACAAGGGGAGCAAACAACUUGGAACGGAAAAUCCAAGACAUGAAGAGCUCUGAUGCGGAGAAACUUCAAAGUGAAUACUCAAAGCUGGUGGAAGGGCUGCGCGAUGCAGAACAAGCUCGAGAAGAAGACCAGUUUAUCUCAAAUCCUGUCCUACCAGAUGACUUGCUCAAGGAAGCCGUACCAGGAAACAUACGUCGAGCGGAACACUUUGUCACUUUCCUCAAGAGAUUCAUCGAAUACCUCAAGACUCGAAUGAAAGUCACCCAUACCAUAUCCGAAACACCGCCUUCUUUCUUAACACAUGUCAAAGAUCUGACCUUUAUUGAACGAAAGCCCCUGCGGUUCUGCGCUGAACGUCUCACUUCCCUGGUGCGGACCCUGGAACUUAUUAAUAUAGAAGACUAUCAGCCUCUUCAAGAGGUUGCAACAUUUGCAACCCUGGUCGCCACUUAUGAAAAGGGAUUUCUUCUGAUUCUUGAGCCGUUCGAAUCGGAAGCAGCAACUGUGCCAAACCCAAUCUUACAUUUUACAUGCCUGGAUGCCGCUAUUGCGAUCAAGCCGGUCUUUGAUCGAUUUAGCUCGGUUAUCAUCACAUCUGGAACUUUGUCGCCUCUUGAAAUGUACCCCAAAAUGCUGGGAUUCAACGCUGUCUUGCAGGAGUCUUACAGCAUGACUCUAGCACGUCGAUCCUUCCUACCCAUGAUUGUCACUCGUGGAUCGGAUCAAGCACAGAUUUCUUCCUCGUUCCAAAUCCGCAACGAUCCAGGUGUUGUGCGCAACUACGGUAAUCUUGUUCUCGAAUUCUCUCGUAUCACGCCUGAUGGAGUUGUUGUCUUCUUUCCAUCAUAUCUAUAUAUGGAGUCUAUCAUCAGCAUGUGGCAGGGCAUGGGCAUUCUAGAUUCAAUUUGGAACUACAAGUUAAUUCUUGUUGAAACGCCCGAUGCACAAGAAUCUUCUCUGGCUUUGGAAACCUACCGAACAGCGUGCUGCAAUGGUCGGGGUGCUGUCUUGUUCUGCGUGGCUCGAGGAAAGGUUUCAGAAGGUAUCGAUUUUGACCACCACUACGGGCGCGCUGUGUUGAACAUUGGUGUUCCAUUCCAAUAUACAGAAUCUCGUAUAUUAAAGGCUCGAUUAGAGUUCCUGCGGGAGAACUACCGCAUCAGAGAAAACGACUUUUUGUCCUUCGACGCCAUGAGACAUGCCGCUCAAUGUUUGGGUCGUGUCUUGCGUGGCAAGGAUGAUUACGGUGUCAUGGUUUUAGCUGACCGUCGAUUCCAGAAAAAGCGCACGCAACUUCCGAAAUGGAUCAGUCAGGCUAUGUUGGAAAGCGAAACGAAUCUCAGUACAGAUAUGGCUGCCGCAACAGCAAAGAAUUUUCUGCGCACCAUGGCCCAACCCUUUAAAGCCAAGGACCAGGAGGGGAUAUCCACAUGGAGCUUGGCUGACUUGGAACGACAUCGAGAAAAACAGAGAAUUGAAGAGGAGAGGGUGCGGAGAGAAGAGCUCACCAACGGACAUGGAGCAAAUGGCGCCCGGCUUGCUGUUGGUCAGGAUGAAUUUGACGACGACAUUGAUGAAGAUCUCAUGAUGCUGGAUGCACAGUGA